AUGCCUGAUUUAUUAUGUAUCCCAUUUAGAAAACCAUUGCCAUUGGAUCUUGUACAAAUAUUAUCAACCAUCAUAGACCAAUCCUUUUACCAAUCCUCUUCAAUGUUCAAAAAUGACUUAAUUCAAAUCAACGAUACCAGAUCAAAAAUUUCACAAUUAAAUGUUUCAGAACAAGACCUAGGCAUUUUACAAAAAUAUUCCAGCAUUAUAUUAAGAUUGAUCGAUUAUUUCCCAGAAAAUCCCAAUCUUACUUUUGAAUGGACUGAAUUUUUAAAUCCCAAACCUAUUACUUAUAAAUCGACAAGCUUUUCUUUUGAAUUCGAAAAUGUUUUGUACAAUAUUGCAUGCAUGUAUUCCAGUUUAGGCGUACAAGUUUUUCAGAAAACAAACUCAGAAAGUCUUAAAAAAUGCUGUCAUUUUUUUCAAUUAUCAGCAGGGUUUUUUGAAAAUUGUACAACAAAUGAUAGCGUUGAUGAUGAUAAGGAAACUAUCCAAGGACUUGUGUAUAUAAUGCUAGCUCAGGCACAAGAAAUGGUUUGGUUGAAAAGUGUUAUAGAUGGUAAGUUGAAGGAUUUGACAGUUGCUAAACUUGCAUUUCAAGUAUCUCGAUAUUAUCUAUCAUCUUUGAAUUUUAUCAAUAGGUCUUCUACAAAAAUUAUUCAAAGAGAUUGGCAAGUAAAUUUGAAAUCUAAAAUGAAUUAUUUUGAAGCCAUAGCUUAUUAUCGCUAUGCCUUAUAUUUGGAACACGACCUAUCUUCAAGCACCAAUUAUGGUUUAAAGAUCAAAUGUUUGAGGCAUUGUCAGGCUUUAACUGAAACAAUUAAAUUGCCGGAUCAAUUAGAAGUGGAGAAUUUUGUAACUAUUGUUAACAAAGUAUUGAAAACUUUUGAACGUGACAACGACUUGAUAUAUUUGCAAAAUAUACCGGAUGCUUUGGAUUCUAAUCUAAUAAUACCAAUGAGUAUGGUUAAACCGAUAAACAAUAUAUCUGGGAUUACGAAGAGUAACCAUAUUUUACAAGAUUUACUUCCAGUAUCUGUUUUAGAAACUGCUACUGCCUUCAAAAAAAGGGAGAGGGAAUAUGUAGAAAAUAGUUUGAUUAAUGUGAUUGAACAAUUAUCUAAACUUUUAAAUGAUAGAUAUGACACUUCAACAUUACAUUCAGAUAUUCCAGUUAAUUUCAAAGAGCCGCUUCCCAAAAGAACCUUUUUUAAAAUUAAAGACAUUUUACAAUCGACUUUCCCGAUAUCCAGAAAGGAAGUUGACAAUAUAUUAAAGGAGGUUUCUCAAAUGAGCGACGACAUAGUUGACUUAACAGAAAAUAAAUAUAGAUCUAGAUAUGGUCCAAAAGUUUGGAACUUGAUCCCUUUUAAAGAACUAAAUCCUAAAAUAUUCGAAAAUUUAGCUAAUUUUAAAAAAUAUAACGAACAAGCUGAGCUUGUGGACAGAAUAACAUUGGAAACUUUCGAAGUGAUCGACCAAAAUUUAUUAUGUAAUCCAUUAUUAUUACCAGAAAGCACACAUCCAUUGUUCGUUGAAAUGAAUCAAAUAAUAAGCGAACGAAGAUUAAAGAUGAAAGAAAUUUUGUUAAAAUUUGAGAAACAUAGCAUUUUGCCAGAAAUAUUAGCUUUGUAUAAAAAAAAACACAAUCUAAAUGGUAUAGAAAACGUUUAUUCAGACUAUCUUAACUUUUAUAAUUUGGAUUUCCGAUACGUUUCUAAUCAAAAAAAAAUUAACGAUCACUUGAUCGAAAAGAUUGAUGCGAAUGCGAUUGUUGUUGAUGAUAAUGAGGAAAACUCGAGGAUACAAGAUCCUAGAAAUAUAUUUAUCGAAGACUAUAAGCAUUCAUAUGAACUGUUUAAACAAGUAGAAUUAAAAAUAGAACGGGGUUUAAAAUUUUAUGAUGAUUUGAGAAAUAACGCAGAAAUGUUAAAACAAAUGACUAUUGAUGCUAUUGACGAUUACAAAAUAAAAACAAACGCUUUGGUAAAGAGUUUAUCAUAA